GUGGGUCAGAAGAGAACCGACUCUUGGCUUGGGCACUUCAGUGUGAUGUGAGAGACUGAAUCCAACUGGUUCCAGUUGCAGAGGCUUGUAGCCUGCACUCUGGAGUACGACAUGGGGAGAGCAGUCUCACAUCCUUACCUCUGUCUUGCCAGCUUUUUGUUUUGAAAAACUGCAAAAGGUAUCAGGUUUUAUUUUUCCAGUUGUGACCUUCAGUACCUAUCCUGUGUCUUUUAAGAAUUUCAUCAUCCAGGGAACAGAUUCGUUGGCUUAAGAAUAACUGCAAAGGGUCUACAAGAGCGUUGGUCGCCCGUUGAUUAAAGAAUUAAAUCUCACCACAGUGCAGCCAGAAGCAAUGUUACACAAAAUUCCUGAACUGCAGUCUAAGCAACUGCUGGAAUGUUUGAGAUGGAGAAACCGAGGCAAAGAGGUUAAAGGAUCUCUCCUGAGCCCCAGAGUGUAUUGAUGUCUGUCCCCUCUCCCUAGACAUGUGCACAGACUACUAGACUUCUCUGCUCUGGCUGCAGGGAAGUGGGACGCCCCUUUGGCAAUCUGUCAGUGCCAACCUGAGCCGCAUCCUUUCGCUGGGUAUUUUCUAAGCUGGCUGACAGUCCUUAAAACAAGUAUGCAGUUAAGCUGCUAAGAGAUGGAGGAAGCUAGUUUGUGCCUUGGUGUUUCUUCAGCUGUGCCAGAAGCUGACGCCCAUCUCAACAGCACCAUACUCAAUGGGCAAUAUUCAAUGAGUCAGAAGCUGCACCAGAUCACUUCCCAGCUCAGCCAUGCCUUCCCGGAGCUUCAGAACAGGCAGAAUCCCGAGGAGAAGGCAUCAGUGCCACUAGAAGACAAAACUCACAUGUCCAUAGCAAACCAGCCCAUCAGCAGCCAGAUGGCCCUGCUGGCAAACCAGCUCAAUAGAGAGGUUGAUACCAGCUUGAACGGGCGUGUGGAUCUGCAGCAGUUCUUAAAUGGACAAAACCUAGGGAUUAUGUCCCAGAUGAGUGACAUCGAGGAUGACGCCAGGAAAAACAGGAAGUACCCCUGUCCCCUCUGUGGGAAACGCUUUCGGUUUAACAGCAUCCUGUCGCUACACAUGCGAACUCACACUGGAGAGAAACCAUUCAAGUGUCCCUACUGUGACCACAGAGCGGCUCAGAAAGGCAACCUGAAGAUACACCUGCGUACUCACAAGCUUGGAAACCUUGGCAAAGGUCGUGGAAGGGUCCGAGAAGAAAACAGACUUUUACAUGAGCUGGAGGAGAGAGCAAUUCUUCGGGACAAGCAGAUGAAGAGCAGUCUCUUGCAGCCACGACCUGAUGUGAAGGCACAGCAGCACACCCAGCCGAUGCCGCUCGCAAACUGUAACUUGUCUGUGCCACCUAAUCACAACACUCCUGAUAUUUCCAACCCUGUUCCCUCUCCAAAGCCGGUCAGCGUCCAGGAAGAAGUUGUCGCUCAGACAGCCGGGUUCAGAUGCACGUUUUGCAAAGGCAAGUUUAAGAAGAGAGAAGAGCUGGACAGGCAUAUAAGGAUCCUACACAAGCCUUACAAGUGCACUCUGUGUGACUUUGCCGCCUCGCAGGAGGAGGAGCUGAUCAGCCACGUGGAGAAGGCUCACAUAACUGCAGAGUCAGCACAGGGCCAGGGCUCCAAUGGCAAUGGGGAGCAAUCCACCAAUGAGUUUCGUUGCGAGGUGUGUGGCCAAGUGUUUAGCCAAGCCUGGUUCCUAAAAGGUCACAUGAGAAAGCACAAGGAUUCCUUUGAACACUGCUGUCAGAUCUGUGGGAGGCGAUUCAAAGAGCCUUGGUUUCUUAAAAACCACAUGAAAGUUCACCUGAAUAAGUUAUCUGUAAAGAACAAAUCUCCUAACGAUCCUGAAGUACCUGUCUCCAUCAGCAGCAUGUCCCAGGAAGCUCAUGCAAAUUUGUAUUCAAGAUAUCUGUCAUGUUUGCAGAGUGGGUUUCUUCCUCCUGACAAAGCGAGGUUAAGCGACCAAAAUCAAAUCUACAACAAAGGAGAUAUGCCCAUGAAAGAGAAAGAAGUCUUGGGGAAGCUCCUUUCACCCAUUUCUGGCAUUGGCCACAGUAUUGCCGAAGGGGAUAAACAUUCCUUAUUGGGCUGUCUCAAUCUGGUGCCUCCUCUGAAAUCCAGCUGUAUAGAAAGGUUACAGGCUGCUGCCAAAGCAGCAGAGAUGGAUCCAGUAAACAGCUAUCAGGCCUGGCAGCUUAUGGCAAGGGGAAUGGCCAUGGAACAUGGCUUUUUGUCUAAAGAGCAGCAGAUACAGCGCAGCCACGAAGACACUUUGGCAAAUGCUGGAGUUAUGUUUGAUAAGGAGAAGCGGGAGUAUGUGUUAGUAGGAGCAGAUGGCUCUAAGCAGAAAAUGCCUGCUGAUUUGGUUCACAGCACUAAAAUGGGCAAUCAGAGAGACUUGCCAAGCAAACUAGACCCUUUAGAAGGCAGUAGAGAUUUUUUGUCACAUGGUAUGAACCAGGGACUCGAUUACAACUUACAAAGUCAUGGAAACAUAAAAGAAAAGCCAACUGAAUGCCCAGACUGCGGGAGGGUUUUUAGAACAUACCACCAAGUGGUCGUUCACUCCAGGGUCCACAAAAGAGACAGGAAAGGAGAAGAUGAAAUAAUUCAAGGUGGUCUCGAUGAGCGGCGUGGAUCUGGAAGUGAUCAAGAGUCUCAGUCUGUCAGCAGGUCAACAACACCGGGGUCCUCUAACAUUACUGAAGAAAGCGGAGUAGGUGGGGGUCUCUCGCAGACAGGGAGUGCUCAGGAGGACAGCCCUCAUCCUUCCUCACCCUCCUCUUCAGACAUUGGAGAAGAAGCUGGGAGAGCUGUAGGAGUCCAGCAGCCAGCUUUACUGAGAGACAGGAGCCUUGGUUCUGCCAUGAAAGACUGCCCAUAUUGUGGAAAAACUUUCAGAACAUCCCACCACUUAAAGGUCCACUUGAGAAUACACACAGGUGAGAAGCCUUACAAGUGUCCACAUUGUGACUAUGCUGGUACUCAGUCUGCAUCCCUCAAAUACCACUUAGAACGACACCACCGGGAGCGACAGAACGGAGCAGGACCACUCUCUGGGCAGAGUGCAAGUCAGGAACACAAAGACGAGACGCCAAGUAAAAGUUCUGUGUUUAUUAGACCAGACAUAUUGAGAGGAGCCUUCAAGGGACUUCCUGGUAUCGACUUCCGAAGUGGCAUGGUCUCACAGCAGUGGACAUCAGGAAUGCUGUCUUCUGGAGAUCAGCAAGGACAAGCAGCUGGCAUGUCAUCUGAAGGAUCUUCAGAAAAUAUGAAGGGUUCAGACAUAUCUUCCAAAGGAACACACUUCUCUGAACUUGGCCGUGCUUAUCAGAACAUGGUCGGGAACGGUGUGAACUUUCAAGGGUCUUUGCAAGCUUUCAUGGACAGCUUUGUCCUAAGUUCUUUGAAGAAAGAAAAAGAAAUGAAGGACAAAGCUCUCUCAGAUCCACUUUCAGCAAAAGCUUUGGGCUCAGAUGGUGGUGAGGAGAAGAUAAAUAGCAAGUCUUCACAGCGGAAAACAGAAAAGUCACAAUACGAACCUUUGGACCUGUCGGUAAGGCCUGAUGCAGCCUCCCUGCCAGGUUCCUCUGUCACUGUACAAGACAAUAUUGCUUGGCAUGGCUGCUUAUUUUGUUCCUUUACGACUUCAUCCAUGGAGCUAAUGGCUCUGCACCUCCAAGCCAAUCACUUGGGCAAGGCUAAACGUAAAGACAUCAUAGGCAACAACAAAGAGCAGUCUAGAGAAGCUUCAGCCUCAGUGAACAAAGUGAGCCUGCUCCCCUCCUCUGUGCAGUCCAGCAAGGAGGCAGGAGUUUCAAACAUUCUGAGCCAGCUGGACUCAGCUUCUGAGAAAAUGACCCAAGGACAAAAUAAAGAGACCCUGGGAGAGCAAAAGAGCACUGCCUGGCCCAGCCACAUGGAAUCCACUUUUUGUAAUUUUACAACAGACUUCUAUAAGCAGUUCGGCGUUUAUCCCGGCGUUAUUGGCACAGGAACACAAAAUUCUUGCACCAGUAAUGAAACCGAAAUAAAAACACAAUCCGAAGAUGACCCAAAUAUUCUGCUUUCUGACUCUGUAAAUAAAAGUGCUAUUGAUGACCUUUCUGACAUAGCUUCAUCUGAGGAUAUGGAAUCUUCCAAGGAAGAAAACAUUGAAGAUGAGGACAUUGACACAGAACCAGAUAUUAUGAAUAAGCAGUUGUCUGCCCUAAAUAAAGAAAGCAGUGAAGGAGGUGACAAUGUACAAAGUGGAGUCACCUCACAACCCACACAAGGGCUUGUAUCACCAUUGCCACAAGCUUCAGAAAAGCAGUGGCACAGUCAGAAUCUUCUCUCCUCACACGAAACUGCACAAGAAGUGAUGAAACCCGAACAAGUUCAGGGUCCACAGGUCCUGGAGAAGCAGAUGAACAUGUUGUCAGUCCUGAGAGCUUACAGCUCUGAUGGCUUAGCAGCCUUUAAUGGACUUGCAAGUAGCACAGCAACUAGUGGAUGUAUCAAGAGACCUGACUUGUGUGGUCACCGGCCUUUCCAGUGCAGAUACUGCCCCUACAGUGCCUCUCAGAAGGGAAAUCUGAAGACCCACGUGCUCUGUGUCCAUCGCAUGCCUUUCGACAACAGCCAGUACCCCGACCGCAGGUUCAAGCGCUCCAGAGUGGACUCGGAAGCUGCUGGGAAUUUGGAGGAGCCGGCGGCUGCAAAGGCGGGGAGCUUGGCAGAGCUGUCUGAGGAGGGCAGCAAGGCCCAGGAGUGAUGCCCAGCAGGUCCAGCCCUGCUCUGCUGUAGCCUUUUACCCUGGCUUUGGAUAUGUGCUUGGUGAGGGCUGGCUUAAACCCAUUCCGAGGAAAAGGAUGGCAUGCGAGUUCCCAGAAGAGUCCAGAAUGCUGAAAACAUUCAAAUAUAUGUAUAUGUACAUGUACCCACACAUGUACAUAUGUGUAUAUAUAUAUGUAUUUACAGACACAGAGAUAUCCAGUCAUACCCACAUUGAAUAUAUAUCUACAUAUACACACGCACACAAAAUACAUACAUUCCAUACGUGUGUGUGUGUGUGUAAAUAUAUAUAUUACACAUGCAAAAUAAAUUUCCAGCCCUUGAAAAUGGCUGCUAAACAGUUACCUGGCAACAAAUACUUCCAAACAACGUAGGUGGGAUAAUAAAGUGAUUUAAAAAUGCUAGGAGGUCGUUAGUUAUUUAAAAAGCAGAGCGAUUUCAAACUUAAAAGUGGUCUUUGUCCAAAAAUAAUGCUCUUAACAGAAAAAUGAUACCCUCUAAACGAUUUAGUGUUGCCUUGAAGAUUGAGGGGCUGUGUUUUCAUUGUUGAAAACACCUUUAUAAUAUGACACCAGCUGCUGUCAUUUGCCUAGCAUAGUAAUGAGAUGUCUUGGUAGACUGCCAUGGUGCCAGUCUGACUGGAGCUGUCAUUGCAGAGAAAAUCAAUUCAAGUGGUGUUGCAACUGCAGUGUAGGAGAAACCUUAGACGGCCCAUAAGCUGGGGUCAGUACUGACCUAUUUUGAAAAGUAUUGUGAUAUUACAUUUUCUUUUUUUUUUUUUUUUUUAAUAUACAGCCAAGUGAAUCAAUGGUUAGAAAAAAAAAUCUGCUGCCCAGUGUGUGAUUGCAGAUUUGAGAUGUAAUUCCAUUUUUUGUAAUCAUCUUGCAGUA